AUGGACUUUCUCAAAUCUGCCGUCGCCUCGGCGAUUUCGAAAGGGAGUUCUCUCCCUUUUUCGCUCGGAGACCGGGUUGAUUCAAAUGAGUCGUCAUGGACACUACACAAUGCGACAAAGCGGGACGAUGGCUCCAAUUGCAGCGUCUUCACCUUUGACGUCAACGCAAACAAAUCCCGCCUUCCUCUCGCCAAAAAUGCGAUGCGCAAGUUCCGGAUAUUGAGACAUCCCGGUGUAUUACGAGUUUUGGAUACGAUCGAAACGGAAUCGCAUAUCUAUAUCGUUACUGAAAGAGUGACGCCUCUUUCCUGGGCAGUGAAGCGCAAGAGUCUUAGUGAGGAGACGGUGAAAUGGGGACUAUAUACUGUAGCUUCGACACUCAAAUUCAUCAACGCAGACGCUUCUUCCGUGCACGGCGCUAUUCGAGUAUCUUCUAUAUACACAAGUGAAAGUGGAGAGUGGAGGCUAGGAGGAUUCGAUGUAUUGAGCUCCAUGAACGACGAUGAUGCAGUCAUCUAUACAUAUGGCAGUCUUGUACCCGACUCUGCGCGCUACGCUCCACCCGAAAUUAAUAAAGGAGGAUGGGAGAUUAUCAAGCGGAAUCCGCUGGCUGCAGUGGACUCAUACGGAUUAGGAAUAUUAGUAUACGAAGUCUUUAAUGGCAGCUUCACAGGCCCGGAUCAAGUCGGAAAGACCACCAAUAUACCGCCGAGCAUGCACCAAAGUUAUCGAAGAUUAAGCGCUGCCAACCCUAAAUUGCGACUGAGUGCUGCCAAUUUUGUUGAACAGGGGAAGAAGAUUGGUGGGUUUUUCGAGACGCCUUUGAUUCGGUUGACCGACGAUAUUGAAAGUUUGGGUCUGAAGAAUGAUGAGGAACGAGAAGAGUUCCUCAAUGAACUGGACGCCAUAUCUGAAGACUUCCCCGAAGAUUUCUUCAAGAUGAAGAUUCUGCCAGAGCUCUUGAAAUCAGUAGAGUUUGGCGGCGGUGGCCCUAAAGCCCUCACUGCCGUGGUCAAAAUAGGAACCAAACUCACAGACGACGAAUAUUCAUCGCGGCUGACUCCCGUCAUUGUUCGAUUGUUUGCGAAUCCCGAUCGUGCUAUUAGGGUUAGCUUGCUGGACAAUCUGCCCCUGAUGAUUGAUCGUCUACCACAGAAGCUGGUCACUGACAAAAUCUUUCCGCAAAUGACUUCUGGAUUUACCGAUGUUGCACCUGUUGUUCGAGAGCAAACUGUCAAGGCAGUUUUGACGGUUAUUGGAAAGCUAUCCGACAGGGUGAUUAAUGGCGAGUUGCUUCGAUUUUUGGCCCGUACAGCAAACGAUGAGCAGCCUGGUAUCCGAACAAACACAACAAUCUGUCUUGGAAAGAUUGCAAAGAACCUUUCGCCAGGUACAAGAUCAAAGGUGCUCAUAGCAGCAUUCUCGCGCUCAGUGCGUGAUCCUUUCGUACAUGCACGAAAUGCGGGAUUACUUGCUUUUGGAGCAACGAUAGAUUCGUUUUCAGAGGACGACUGCGCCAGUAAAAUCAUGCCAGCCCUAUGUCCUGCAUUACUCGAUAAAGAAAAGCUUGUUCGAGACCAAGCAAACAAAACCUUCGAUUUAUACUUGCAGCGUGUGCGGAAACAUGGCAGUACCAUGGCUGACACAGUAAUACCACCACCAAAUGCUGUUGAUCCGGCUGCAUCGAACAAUCCUAACACCGCGCGUAUUGGAACUUCCAACGACACUUCAUGGGCCGGAUGGGCCAUCUCUUCGUUUACCAACAAAUUAACCGCCGCAAAGGGCGAAAUAGAGCCUACCAGCGCCAAUGGCGCACCCACCGUUACUGAAUUAGCCCGACCGUCUUCCGUACCCCAGCCUACAACGACUCCUUCCAUGGCCGGGCCAGUGAAAAAUAUAGCUUCGAGAUUACAUGUUGAAGCUCCUGCAUUAGUACGAGCAGCUUCAGAGACAGCCGCGCAAACAACAAUAGAAACUCUAGAACCACUGGAUGACGAUGACUGGGGCGCCGAUGCCUGGGACCAAGGUGACCAAACAGCUACACAGGCUGACGAGGAGCAAUUCUUCGAUGCUGGCAGCAGUCCAGCUCCAACAUCACCCGCUACUACAUCUGUUUCAGCAGUACCCUACGACGACGGCGGUGAACCAGACUUCGCAGGUUGGCUGGCAGCACAGUCGAAAGCAAAGACUAAGAAACCGUUGCCAAAGGGAUUAAAUAGUACCAAAGCAAGCGCGGCGAAACAGACAGUCCCCGUUCGUUCGGCGCCUGCCUCACGGUCAGCAUCGUCACGGCCAUCUGCUAAACCUGCGAAGGUUAUUGAUACGACGCCCAAAGAUGAAGGUGAAGAAGAUGGUUGGGGGGAUGCGUGGUAA